AUGUCAGCCAGAAAGGGCUAUCAUCUCCCCUCGCCAAAAUACACCACAAUAAUGGCAUGCUCAGACAGCCCCGCAGGAAACGCGUUUUUUGUGGAUUCUCUGAUCAGCGGCCGGACCGAGGGUGGAGGGGGACACUACUACCCGGGCAGCAGCGUGUGUCUGCCCCAUAACGCCGCCUCAGACGUGCCUUACGGGCUACAGAACUGUGGAUACUUCCCAGGUAUAGGCAAGCGGAGCGACGCAGGUCCCCAAAACAUGAUGUCUGCCGCUUCAGGCGCGUAUAUGUCAGGCAUGGAGAUGUGGAUAGACGCGCAGAGGUCGUGCCGAAUGGACCAGCAACAAACUGUGGGUCCCCAGGUCGCGCCCUGCUCGUUCCCGCCGAGCAUUAAGGAGGAGAGCGCGUACUGUCUCUACGAGCCGCAGAAGUGCCCCAAAGCCUCGACCGCGGAAGACCUGACAUACUCCAGGCUAACCACGACAGGCUCAGGUUCAGGCUCGUGCACAGUCACCGACGGCGGUGGUGGUGGGGGUACUGUACCCGUGCCUGGCUACUUCCGCUUGUCUCAGAUGCACGCACACACUCAUAAAGUUUACCACGGUGCCCAAUCGAACCCCUCUCAUUCUCACUUUGGCCUACACCCCCCUACACAGACACGCUUCCACACCCCGACCCCCCCGCAGUCCUCAGCCUUAGUCUGCUCAGCCACGGCGGCUUACAAGAGGAGAGACACGGAGGAGGCUCUGUCUUCCGGUACCGCAUCCCAGCCCCAGCAGACGCACGCCCCACCGGGGGACGAGGAGGCGCGAGCGUCCUCCGACGCGGAACCUUCAUCUCCCGAGGAAGCUGAAAAGGAGCUCGAGAAGGAGAAGCCAGCGAAAACACCUAAAGGUGAGCUGAGGUCAUUAAAAGGUGUGGUCACUCAUUCUGCCACCUUUGGUUUUAUUGCGUGCGGUAUAGUAAAGCAGGUAUGGCGAUGCGUAAAAAGGUUAUAUGGUAACACCUGCCGAGAGACUGAUUUCCUCUUUUGCAUUCUGAGGACAUUCAUGUGUUUGUUUUUAUUCAGGGUUUAUAUAUGGUCUAUGUGGUCUUGCCGUAACCCAAAGGCUAAAUGUUUUGUAAUUAGCAGUAGCAGAGGAGACACCAUGCUUUAGUUGAGAGAAUUUCGCUGCCUAAAAGUCAAGCGGGUGUUAAAGUUUUGGAAAAAAAUGUAAAAAUGCUGUGGGAAAAAAACAAAAAUGUUAUUAUUAAAAAUAAAUGCUAUUAUUUGCUUAGGCUUAUGCUACUGCAGGCUUAUUUUACAUUUUAGGCCUUUGUUUCUUUGGACUAAAAAUUACUUGACUGCCGCUCAAUAUAGGCCUAACAAUCGUAUGUAUACCCAUAAACAAAUAGGCUACUAAAACAGUUUUUAUUUUGGGGCGGUGAUAUUUGUUCUUAUUAUAGUAGAUCUAGAAUGACAGAAAAUGUUAUACAUUUCAGAAAAUAUUUUUGACUUAUUACCUGCAAAUGUUUCAAGUUCAAGCAAAGUACACAAGGCCAUUGAACCGUCCUUAUGAAAAGGUCUAUAUCAAACCAUUGACUUGCACAACACACACAUACACACACACACACCUACUCACACACCUACACACACACACACACACACACACACACACACACACACACACACACACACACACACACACACACACAGACACACACACACACACACACACACACAACCUAUCUUACAUGCAUAGUUGUCAGCCUAAAAGAAUGUAUCCCAUUUUCUUUAGGAGACACAGAAAGCGAAUGCACGGCCAACUGGCUAACAGCAAAAAGCGGACGGAAGAAACGUUGCCCAUACACCAAGCACCAAACACUGGAGCUCGAGAAGGAGUUCCUCUACAACAUGUACCUGACUCGCGAGCGUCGCUUAGAGAUCAGUAGGAGCGUGCACCUGACGGACAGGCAGGUCAAAAUAUGGUUCCAGAAUCGCAGAAUGAAACUGAAGAAAAUGACCCGGGAAAACAGGAUUCGGGAGCUCACGUCAAAUUUUGGUUUCUCGUGACAACGUUGAAUGUUUUCAAUAAGCUUUGAAUUAAACUAGCUUUAGUUAUAAUGCAAGGGGUAAAGAGCACAUCUUUAAUAGGCCUACAGACAAACCUAGUCUUUGCAUCGUCCUAUGUAAGCUACUGGUAAAACGUGAACGCUAUUGUUUUUUUUUUCUUUCUUUCUUUUUUGACAAUUGUUCGUUGAUUCGGCUCUGUUGCUGUCAUUUGUUGGGAUAGGUGUCUUGAGGAAAAUAAUGGAUGGAAUUUGCUUUGGGUCGUAUAGGAUUGUAGCCUACCAAUACUUUUUUAUUUAUUUUUUUAUAGUUGGAGAUACAAAUACAAAUCACAUUUGAGAUGUACGUUGCAUAUAUUUGGGGAGUUUCCUUUACAUGUAUACUGCAUGAAACAACAUGAUUCAGACCCGUCUUUUCCUGCAUUUUGCAAUGCGGAUCACACUAAAAUUUAAGGCCUAUGUAUCAACAGUAAGGGAAUAAGAUGAGUCGCCCUAUAAAUGUAUUCUUCCGAUAUAAUGUAUGUAGAUAUUAUGAUGAGCUGAUUGUAAGUGUACAUAGAACAACAUAUUUUAUUCACUUUGAGGAUAAUAUUGUUGUGUAGACUCGAACUAAGGGAAAUGUAGGCUAAAUGAGCAGUCUACAUUGUGAAAUUGUUUUUAUUGUGUAUAUCAUUGUGUACAUAUCAGGUUGUGUUUUUGUGUAUUGCGUAAUAAAUUAUCAGUUCACAUAUACUGGAUUAGUAUGCUUUUUGAUGUACGUGUUUAUAACUGUAUUUAUCGCUAUUUCUUUGUCUGUAAAAGAGAAUAGGCAUUUUGGACAGGCCAGUUGAGGUUGUAGGUGCACUUUGAGUUGGUUGUACAUUACUUGGCUUUUGUCUUCAGAAAUGUUUUUAGGAUCCAUGGAGUAGCUCUCGGAAACGAUUUAGAUAUGACACCAGCCAUUAUGUCUAGGCCGUAUAGGCAUAUACCACUGCAAGCCUAACCGGCUUUAGUAGAGUUUUAUGACUUGCUCGUAUAUGACGAUUUUCACUCUCCCCAAAGACUAGCUUCAGUCGAGAGAGCCGUUAAGCCGGAGAGGAGGCUGGAGACAGUGGUAGAAAGUUACACUGCAUUUAGACAGAAUUGUCCGAAGUCAUCUUCUUUUCCCUUGUGAUUGGAAUAGUGCAACAACUUCGAUGAAUGGGUGAGUCAAUUUGUUGUUAUGGAUUUGGGUUUUCGGGACUCCACAUGUUUAAAAAAGCAUGUUUCCAGCGGAAAGAUUUUAUACUGAACAUGUAAAAACUUUGUAGGCUAUUUUUAAUACAGGCCUCUUCUGAACAGCAUGGGUGUUUGAAAUCGAUAUGAAAACCAAAGAAGACGUGACGUUAUGCAUUGGCUGCUGCGCGUCUUGAGGCCUGGAGCGGACUGUGGAGUGGUUUAGGUAGUUUCAUGUUGUUGGGAUCCAUUUUCUACCUCUACAACACGAAACUGUCUUAAUUGGCCCAGUUUAAUGCAUCGAAACGUCAGUCAACUUAAUCUGGGAAAGGUGCAAUCUGACUAGAUUUGAUGUAAUAGUAUUAGGAGUGUUAUUUGUGUUGACAUAAAUAUAUGGAUAAAAAAUAGGACAUUUCUAAUUGCCUUUACCUGUUGGGAAAGACUUGCUGUCGUGUAUGUCUCUUAGCAUAUCGUCAGUAAUAUUUAUACAAACUCUACUUGUUAUUUUUCGUCAUUAAAUUAAGCCCCUGAAUGCCUGCGUCCUAUAUUUAUCUUGGUAAAAGCUCAGCUAUAGGCGGGUUGGACUUGGAAUUAGCGUAAAGCUAUAAGCAUGUUUUCUGUCAGUCGUGACGCGGCGACGUCAGACAAGGCCUCGGUUACGACCACUGCAUUGGAGAGGAAGGGGAAGUUGAGUGGGCAACAGCGACCUCAGCGGCGCGCCGGUAGGCAAUAGAGCCGAAUGCUUCGGCUGCGCAAUACAGCCUGAACACAAAAGAGGCGAAGGGCUUUAUGGCGAUAUUUAGAUCAACCAGACAAGCUGUUAUCUGCGGGCAAAAUAAAUGAAUAGCCCCAGCGGUAAACUGGGUCCUUGUUAAGAAUCACCCUGAUUUAGUUUACAGCCUUAAAGUGCCAUUGCCUUCCCUUGUGUCUUUUCUUUUGAAGGUGUCUGUCUGUUCUGUGUUUUAGUGCACAUAGCCUUUCCCUAUCCACCAGCCUCUUUAUUUGUUUCUAAUGUCUCUAACACAUUUUCAUCCAUGCCUUAUCUGAUUCUGCACAGUGGUAUACGUUCGAAGAUGAAAUCAUAUCUGUUCAGUUAUUGGUGUGUGGCAUAGCCUACUGUUUUUUCAUUCAGUAGGAAAAUAUGCUGGAGUGGAUUCUUUAGCAGCAGUGAAUCGCCUGUGGCCAUGUAGGGUGUUGGCCUAGCUUUCAGUUUUAUUGGAUGGUAAUAAAUAGAACACGUAUUCUGUGGGCAGCUAUCUCCGUUCUCUAAAGCUAUGGGGGGGGGGGGGGGGCAAGGUUCGACACAAUGUCUGUAAAGUGUUACAACGCGUUAUGCAGCCGUUUCCUCUCUUCCUACUAGUCCAGAUAUUAUCAUAUGUUGUGUCCAGACUUGGGGUGCAUGUUCAGUAGCUUCUCCCCUGUUCUUGAAUUUCCCCACAUGCAUUAGUUUGUAUUGUAUUGCUUGUCCAUUGAAAAGAUACAUCUGAAAAUCAAAUGCAUAUAUAGUGUAGGCUUGACUAUUAUUUCCAGCGUUCCUGUCUUGGUUUAUGUUUCGAGUUUCAAGUUUUAAUGUCACAAUUGCACAAUUGCAGUGAAAUGCCAUUCUUGCAAGCUCUAAACCCAACAAUGCAGUAAUCAAUAACAAUGUAAUAAUAAAAAUAACAUGAGGUAGAACAAAAACACAAGAGAAAUAAAAAUAAGAAAGGAGAAGUAUACGAUAAAGUAAGUAAGCGUACUAUAUACAGGGUCAGUCAGUUCCUAUACCAUAUUUACAAUGUGCAGGGAUACUGCAGUGGUAGAGGUAGAUAUGUGGGCAGGCCUAUAUGGGUAAGGUGACUAGGCAUCAGGAUGUAUGAUAAACAGAGUAGCAGCAGCGUAUAUUAUGAUUGUAUGUCAGUCGGUGUGUGCAGAGUCAGUAUAAAUGUAUGUGCAUAUAAUGUGUGUGUGAGCAAAUGAUGGAGUGAGUGUUUGUGUGUGUGUUGGAGUGUCAGUAUGCGUGAGUAUGUAGUACCCUGGUGAGGGUCAACUCAGAUAGUCCGUGUAGCCAUUUUGUUAGCUAUUUAGUUAGCUAUUUAGCACUCUUGGGGAUAGAAACUGUUCAGGAGCCUGUUGGUGUCAGACUUGAUGCACCGGUACCGCUUGCCAUGCGGAAGCCAAUAGAACAGUUUAGGGCUUGGGUGUCUGGAGAAUGAAAAUAUGUUUGAUUUCUGCUUUCAAAUUUGAUUACAACGUGAUCUAUGUGUCUGAAUAUUGACAUAAACAACCGCAUGUGUAAACUAUUUAGUGCCUAUCUAUUAUCUAUUAGUUGCAUGUAAUUGUCACGAGGUAGGCCUAUCUCCAAUUUUUAGUAGGGAAACUCCUAAACUCUUAAGUGCUUUAGUAGUUUACAUAAUGCUAUCUUUGUUAUAAUGUUCUACUUAGUAGUGUAUUAUUGUUUUCGUUAGCCACAGCGGAUUCCAUAAUUGGCACGAUAGUGCUGGUAUUUGUAGUAGUGCUAGUAGUUUUAUGAUAGUGGGCUCUCAUAAUAGGCUAAUAACAUUCCUAGUAAUAAUAGGAUAUAGUAUUUGUAAUUUCUAGUAGCGAAAUAGUAUUUGUAAUUCCUAAUAAUAGUGGGCAAGUAUUUGUAAUUGAAACGGUAUUUAAAAAAGAAGCCAGGUAUAGAUUGACAUACUUCUACAUCUGCAUCUGCAUUGCUUGCUGUUUGGGGUUUUAGGCUGGGUUUCUGUAUAGCACUUUGUGACAUCUGCUGAUGUAAAAAGGGCUUUACAAAUACAUUUGAUUGAUUGAUUGAUACAAUGUGCACAAUAUUUUCUACAAUGAGUUUUAAUAAUUGUCAUUUAUUUGUUUUAGCUUAAUUAUUUAAAUAUGCCACAAUUAGGCCUAUUUCCGUGCUUUUAUGCUUCACUAUUAGGCUAUUGAGAUAUAGGAAUACAUGUGUAUGUUUUUUUUUUUCUUUAGGCCUAAUAUAAUAGUUUUUAAUUCCUCGGUUCUGUUUAAUAUCCAGAAUAUAUCCUGGAUGCACAGGUUUUUCUCAUAUCCAUGGAUAUACGAAUAUAAUAUUAGCCUAGAACAAUAACAUGAUUUUUCCCACAAAAAAAAAAAAAAGACAGUGGUAAAUCUAUAGCUAUGAGUAAAUUAGCCUACCAUGCAAACACAAAUAAAAUACUAUACUCAUUUCAAUUUUUCCGUAUUUUCUUGCUCAAAAUAAUCUUACAUUAACUGAAAUAAUUUCAUUUUUUCCCCAGUAGGUGAUAUAAUAACAAAUCAUAGGACCUUGAUGAAAUAACAAAUGAAGCUAGUCGGAUAUUAUUCUCAGCAGGCUUUUGGUCUGAUUAGUCUUUAAUAUGAUACUAUAUUAUAUUAUUAUUGUAUAAUACCAAACUAAUAUGUUAUAAGGCUAAACAAAAUAGCACGAUAUAGCACAACAUUAUGAGCUUAUCUUUAAUAGGGUGUGUGCGUAAAAAGUUUUUUCUUUUGGAAUGUUGUAGGUUCGGUCAUAACUUUCUCUGGUUCUAGGACAAUGGAAAUAUGAAAGGUUGAAACAUUUUGACCGAGGAUGGAAAGCGUCCCAGAGCAUUAGUUUUAAGGAAGAAUAUCUACCAUCAUUUACGUUCCUUGGCGCCAUAGAAAGAAUGCAGUUUAAGACAUUUGGUUUCGUUAAUAAGCCCCAAUAUGGAGACGUUAUUCUGGUUAAUUUCAGCCCUGUGUGUUUUGUUGUGAGUAUCAUUGGUAAUGCAUAUUACCCUCUAACAUAUGUGUAGAUAUCCCUCGUUAAAUGUGUUUUACCUAAUUUGGGAGGAUUAUAUUUUGGAUUUACUGAUCUAUACUAAUAGGGACAGAUACUUUCAAUGGUCUUUUUGAAAGGUACUUUUCUCAAUGGAGUUUAGCCUCUUCCUUUUCAUAGCCCUACAUUUAUAUCAGUAACAGCCUACUAAUCAUAUAAAAUAAGAAUAAUUUGCUUUUAAAACUAGACGUUCUCACGUUUUAAGACAAGAUGCCCGCGAGCAUUUAAUAGCCAAAGGGAUUGAUUUAUUAUUUAUUGUUCAGCCUUUAUGAUCACGUGCGCGCAUCACCCAAUCGAAUGGCAGCCCUGCGUCCCAACUAUUAGUAGACUGUAGUUCUUUGUGGUGCCAAGUUGCUACUUGAUUUCUUCAGAUUGUUAUUUUGUGAGAGUGGGGUUUAGUGCGUGUGUAUGUGUGUGUGUGUGUAUCAGUGUAUGUGUGCGUACAUAUGAAAGUCUCUUUUGCCAUGUCGACAUCUGGAACGUUGACUAGCUACUACGUCGACUCCCUCAUCUUGCCCGAGAGUGAGGCGCUCUCCGCGCCCAGAUACUCCUCCGGUCCGGGGGGGCUUCAGCACGCUAGGCAGCCCACAUCGCUCACCGAUCACACUGAGCUUGGGCCCUACACCUUCCCGACGAAAGCCCCGGUCUUUAGCCCGUCCUGGGGUCAUGUACCGACCCAGUUUCCAGGCGCCGUGUCGUCGGUGUACCACCACCCAUACGUGAAUCACCGAGGCCCGGCUCCAGGCGACGUGGAGGGUCGCUACAUGCAGUCCUGGCUGCUGGAGCCCAUGUCAGGGUCCUUGCCUUUGACUGGAUUACCGACGAGUCACCACUACGGGAUCAAACCAGAGAGCCUGGAUGCGCGAGCGGACAUCGCGCUGCCUGGAUCCCACACCGCGCUGCUCCUGUCCGAUUUCGCCGACGGAACGGUGGCAACGACGUCCCCGGUGGACAAGGACACACUACCGGGCCAGACCGGGGACCUGAACGGGGAGAUAGAGGAGAAACCAGCCCUUGAUCCAAGUAAGUGCUGCUUCAUCCUUUGAUAUUUGAUAAUACUACGUUCUGUAAAGCUGCAGGGAUGCAGGUUAGAAACGUGUGAUUAGUAGAGGGGGCGCGUGUUUGAAAAUCUGACACUCAAGGCGUGCCAUUCAUUUAUAGUGACUUGAUAAUAGGCUAGCUUUCUCUCACUCGUUUCCAUGUUGUAAUACUAUGGGUUUCAGAUUUUAAACAGUAGCAAGAGCCAAGUAUGGGAGUGCAUUGCUGCUUUGGAACGCAUUUAGAUGUUAUAUUCAGAAUUGAUAUCCAGAGCCUUUGUGGGUCAUAUGUUUUUAUGACAUCUUGCCCAGCAGCACCGGGCUCACACCAGUGUCGUCUCGCACUCCCUCUCUCCAGAUAACCCGGUAUCCAAUUGGCUCCACGCGAGCGCCACGAGAAAAAAGCGCUGUCCAUACACCAAGCACCAGAUCCUCGAGCUGGAGAAAGAGUUCCUCUUUAACACGUACCUCACGCGGGACCGUAGGUACGAGGUCGCGAGGCAGCUCAACCUUACCGAGAGACAGGUCAAAAUCUGGUUUCAGAACCGCAGAAUGAAGAUGAAGAAAUGUAAUAAAGAUGGUGGACCAAAAUAUGAUUUAUAGAUAUGAUUGAUUGAAUGGGAACGUAAAAAAUAUCCGAAAUAAGGGGGAUAUCUGUGAAAAGGCUUUUUCUCUGCUGGACUGUAUUUUUAAAAGCCUUUGUCUCAUUGUUUUAUCCCUAACAGAAGCUGUUAUGUGUCUUGUAAAAAGCAUGUCCGGCUCUACUCCUCGGUUUGAUGCAACUAACUACCUUUAUAUUGCACAAUUUAACAGUGCGCAUUAUUUUUUGUUAUUGUUAUUAGGAUGUUAAUUAAUUAAAGCCUUGGCUGUGAGUGCAUCUGUGUAAGGCAUGUAGCCUAUUAAUAGGCCUGUUCUCUGUACUCGUUUGUGUAUGGAUGUGUGUAGCUAUGUGUGUGUCCUCUGGUUUGUAGAUAUAGGCCUCUAUGUAUUUCAGGUUACACUGAAUUUAGUUUUAAAGUUUUUUUGUUGUCGUUAUUUCAAUUAUUGGUAACGUUGAGUUAGGAUCUAACGUUGGAGCAAUAGGCUAACGUAAUGGUAGCAUUUUGAAGCGGGUGCUUGAGCAUCAAAAAGCCACUUUGGCCUAUUGGCCUAUUGAAAAUGUUAUUAGAAGCUACAUAGCAAUGAUAUUGUGUUGACUACCUAGACUCUCUCAACUACCUAUAAUUACAAGAACCUAAUUUCAUUUUUACAUGACUUUUCGUUGUGAAGAGACAUAAUGCUUGUAUUGAUAGUAAACUAUGUCUGAAUUUCAGGGAGUAACAUUUGAGAGGACAUAUUUGUUAGAAAGAGAGAGAGAGGAAAUUAAAACAAAAAAAACACUGUAUGCUACCUAAUGAAUACCUCAUGGUCGGGAGACUUUCAGAUUUUUGGUUCUCAAAUGUAAUUUGUACUAUUUAUUGAAUAAAACAAAUUAUAUCUGCGAAUGCAGCCACAUUGAAUUAUUAUAAUUUAUUGUGCAUUUGCAUUUCACUGUUUAGUCUAAGGUUUAAUUCAAAUUAAUGUGAUGCUCUGAAAUAAAUUAUCAAAUACUUAAAGCUAUUGACAGUCAGAUGUAUUGUAGUCUACCAAAUGUAAUGUGUAUAGGACUAUUCUUACAUUAGUUUGCACAUACAUUUUCCCCUCAAACAAAAUAUUGGAAUAAUACAAACAAAAAAGCUAUUCAUGGGGUGUACGGAAAUAAUAACAAUCGACCCAUUUAUUUCAUUUUCUGUGAGGAAAUUCGAGACUGUGAACGCGCACUUGUAUUUCUUUCUUCAAGCUCGCGCACAACAAACAUACACACACAGACACAUAUACUAUAAAACGGUGUAUGUGUAUGUGUAUGUGUAUGUGUGUGUGUGUGUGUGGGGGGCAAACAGUCUGUAGUCCGGGAAAACAGGCAGACCCGGCAGAUCGCUGCACGCUUGCUGCUCUGCUCUGCUCGGCGCGCCUUGGCAGAGGAUGUUGUUAGCUGUAUACAGCCAUAAAAGACAAUUACCACUAUAACCGUUUAUGGGGUGCAAAGCUCUGCAAGGCGAGAGGACACAACACAAGAAAGAUGUCGAAAGCUUCGACAGCUGAGGCCUGAAAUAAUGUAGUAUAUGUAUUCUUCAGCUAUGAUAUGACACCACCGCUCAGUUUAGACCCCGUGCUUCUGGACACAUAAUGGCCGCCAUGUUUUGAAACCUUCAACAUGAGCAGGGAGGUCGAGGUAUUCAGCCUUCAAAGAGUGACUAUUUAGGAUUUAGCUUUGGCGGUAUUCAUAUUACAAUAUUUGAUCUGAGUUUCUAUUUAACAUUUGUGUCAAGAAUGAGUUAGACCUAUUGAAGUGGGCCUGCUUCCACCAAAAGCCUUUGGAUUAUAAGUCUAGAGAAGAUCCCUCAAAUCUGCGGUGUACCAAACUUUUUAUAUCGACAAAGAGUAGCCAAUAAAAUUUGAAAUUAGAGAAAGGCCUACUUGUGGAAUAGGCUACAACUGGACCUUGGAACUGUAAAGUCACAUCCUCACAGAACCACCAUUGUUUUAUCAGACAACAUCAUUCACAUCAGGCUUGAGUAAAUAAAAAAAGUAAAAUAGCAGUUGUAUGGAGUCAUAUAGUGGUGUUGUGACGCGCUAGGCCUCGAGGACGCAGAUGGACCCCAAACUUCAAAGGCUCAGCCAGAGACAGAGCAAUAUAACGCCUGGUCUGCUAUACUGUCUGGCAUUCCACUUUUAAUGGCUUUAUGGCCGUCCAGACACAAUUAGGCCGUUUCCAGAACUCAGCACCCAUUUGUUUUUUCUCUUUCUGUGGGACUGCAGCAUGGACAAAAGGCCUAGCGGAAAUGAUCAGCUUUAUUGGCGUCUCCCCCGACUGUUGCUCGCGGGACUCAUGCUCAUCUUGAGCGACCCUUUGUUUGUACCUGGCCUGGGAAACGUCCUUUCUCAGUUUCUCUGGUGGUAGCUAGUGUUCUGUUCACGCGCUGAAAAAACUGAAAGGCAAUAAAGAAACAGCAUUAUGUGAGUCAAGACCUAGUCUCAGUAUAUAUGAGACCAACAUGAACAUCAUUGGACCUCCAAAAUCUGUAUUUUAUGUGGAAAUAGAACCGCAGUCAAUGAGAGCCACAUACAUUCAUCGCAUUCCUAUUAUGUGAUUUAUUUAUUUAUUUGGCCCCUAAGGGGGAAUGGGUGUGAUUGCAGUUAUGUGGGCACUGCACCUUUUCCACCCUGCAACUACGUGUAGUGACCAGAGGAUGGCGCUGAUGUUCCAUAACAAGGCUCAAAAUGGCAUCGUUUGAACAAUUUCCGUUUGUGAUUACUUUCGGAUGAACAUAUUUUAAGAGUGCAACAAAGUGAUUGAAACGGUAUAGACGUGUUUAGGCCUAUUGUUUAGGCCUAUUGAUUAAUUUUCGUUCUAUAACAUUGUAAUUCUAAUUUUUGCUUGUUAUUAUAGUCUUUAUAAUGAUAUUAGCGCUUGUAGACGUUGGCACAUCCGCGGCAGUAUUUAAUAGUAAACAGACUAAUAAAAAAUACUAAAUAGUAGGCCUUAGUCUAGUUACAAAAAACAUUUUGCACGUGUACGCCUGUCUUUUAUUUGACGCUACAGAAAAACCUAAAACGUAGUUGUUCUGCGUGUCAAAUGAAGGAAAACAGACUUUUAGAAGGCCUAAUUAUUAUAGUUAGAAUGUGUUUAUUUCCUUCUUUAGUUUAAGCCUAUAGGAAUACUAAACACAAGUAGUGUUUAAUAAACAGAAUGCAUUUUCAACAUAUGAUUUGUACAGAUGAUUCGUAAAGUAAUUGGAAAACUGUUUUGCCCUUUUCAAGUAGGCCUAUCGUUCAUAUUCAACAUUUGCAAUAACCCUACACAAAAUGUGAUUUGUGUUCAAUUUGCUUUAGUCUAAUCAAUUUUGGAAUAAUAUGAUAUGGCGUAUUAAAAUAUCAGAUGUUUGAUGGUAUUUAAAUUAGCCUAAAUGGGUUAGCUUUAUGCUCAGUAAUUCCACCGUUUUUUUUUUGUCCCUACUGUGUUUUUUUUCCAGAUAACAUUGUGGAAUGCGAAAGAAUAUACAUAAACGUUACCAAAUUAGGUCACAGCCUAUUGCAUAUAUAUUUCAAAAUAGGGCUUCCUCCAAGAAAGGCAAAUAAUACCAACGUAGUAGACGUUUAAAUGUAGGCCUACAAAAAAUGUUGUUCAUUUUAAAUAUUCAAAUUGACUUAAUUUGCCUACGUAACUUUUAUGUUUUUAAUUAAUACUUUGCUUAAUCUAGCAUUAGGUUACCACUCAAAAUAAUUCUCAAAUAUUUCGUUAGGCCUAUACUUUACUUGCAUUUUCUAAUCAUUAAAACAAGUACUUUUAUAUUUUCUUAUUUGAAACGCAACAAUGGUAACUUAAAAUGUUUACAAUUGUAAAUUGUAUGAUUUAAAUCACCACAAUACCAAAGAAACUGUAGUAAAGUUUAUAAUGGCAUGCAAUCCCAAAUGUAGCCAACUAUAUUCUAAUUCUAUUUUGAAUUGAUCUGUCCUUUCUAGCCUAGGCAUCUGCUCAUGUUUUGAUGUUUGUUGUAUCACACAGUUCAGUUUAACUCAUGGAGAAAUGUAUUUAUAUGAAUUGAACGAAACCUUUUGAAUGAAUACACAAUGCAGUUUUAUACUCUUAGUUGUGUAUAAAUUACAUAUGUUAUGAGGUGGUGGAAACUAUGGUAUUAUGGUGGUAUUAUGGUGGUAUUAUGGUGUAUUAUGGUGUAUUAUGGUGUAUUAUGGUGUAUUAUGGUGUAUUAUGAAAUUAAGGGUAAAUGCAACAGUAUACGUUUAUUUUAUUUUGAUGACAGUUUAUUUUGUGUAAUUUCAUAUGUAUAGGCUUCCCACAGUGUUUAUGAGAGGGUGUGUGUCCAAAGAGAAGAGAAAGUGUGUGUGUGUGUGUUAAUCCUGGGAAAUUCCAUGGUAACAGGGUGAUGCUGAGACUCAGAUUGUUCACUUUAAAAUGUAGCCUAUGUAAUAAAAAAAAACAAUGAUUGCAAAGUUAAACAAACCAUACAACUCUAUGCACAAGGAGUACUUUUAUCAAUUUCCACUAGUUUUUGUUUGACAUACAUUUUCUCACCAUCACUCUUUUACCAUGGAAGGGCCCUCCUACUCUGCGGUCUGUGCACUUUAAUGAAAUCUCUGGCACCGCCGGUGAUUGGCUACAUCGGUCACGUGGGUGAGUUCUUCGGUCCUGGGCAAAAUGGGGUUUGGUGUAAAUCCAGGGUGUAUUGCUGUCAUAUAUCAUGCUACCUCGUAAAAACGACACUGAAGAUUCUGGCCCAACAAAUCACAGAGAAAAAAAAUAUGAGUUCUUAUUAUGUGGAUGGUCUUUUUAACAAAUAUACGGCGAGCAGUUCUUUUUUCCCAAACGCAGACCUAGGUUCGUGCGCUCUUGGACCCGAUGAAGAAGGACCCGCAUCGGCUCACAGUGCCGCAGCCCCUACCUUCCCACCGUCCCUAUCCGGACAUUACAACGUCAACAAUGCAAUCUACCAGAGCCACCCAAUGUUUAGCCCUUGUUAUGGCCAGGGGCAGGACGUUCGCAGUCUGCACUGCAGCUCCUUCAACCAGAGCCGUCUGUUCGGGGACAGCUGCGUCCAGCCGGGGCCCCUCACCUCGCCAGAGGACAAACACUACCGGAUGUACCCCUGGAUGAAAACAUCAGGUACAGUCUAACAUGGGUCUUUCCUUCUGCUCCUGCAGAGCUCUGCUAUAAUGUCAAUUAAUCUACAAAACCUUGGGAUAAUGGUAACCUCUUAAUGGUGCAAUGAAUUACUUGAAGCCAUUGGAAUUUCAUGGAAAUAAUUGUAAAACUUUUAUUGCGCAAGUAAUGAGUUCUGUGGCCAUAAAUAUAUUAUCCCUUCGCUUCUGCAAUGCUUUUUGCCUCUGCUUUCUUACUGCUUCUUCUCCCCUUUGUGCCAAUAAAAUACCAGACUAUGUAAUGCCAAAAUAAAGGAAACACCAACAUAAAGUGUCUUAAAAGGGCUUUGGGCUACCACAAGCCAGAACAGCUUCAAUGCACCUUGGCAUAGAUCCUUGGCAUAGAUCCUACAAGUGUCUGGAACUCUAUUGAAGUAAUGCAACACCGUUCUUCCACCAGAAAUUCCAUCAUUUGGUGUUUUAUUGAUGGUGGUGGAAAACGCUGUCUCAGGCACCGCUCCAGAAUCUCCCAUAAGUGUUUAAUUUGGUUGAGAGCUGGUGAAUGAGAUGGCCAUCUCGUAUGGUUUACAUCGUUUUCAUGCUCAUCAAACCAUUCAGUGACACUUGUGACCUGUGGAUGGGGGCAUUGUCAUCCUAUGGGGGCAUAGCCAGUGUAGCCAAAAUAAUGGCCUUCCCAGCAUUUUUAUAUAUGACCCUAAGCAUGAUGGGAUGUUAAUUGCUUAAUUAACUCAGGAACCACACCUGUGUGGAAUCACCUGCUUUCAAUAUACUUCAUAUCCCUCAUUUACUCAAGUGUUUCCUUUAUUUUGGCAGUUACCUGUAGGUUGUAGUGUAAAUCAGUGCUCAUGCGCUCUGCAGUUCGUCCUUUUGAUUGGGCUCAGAAUAGCAGUUGUGAUGAUCAUAAUCAGUUUCAGAAACGUAUUUGUACACAGGGAUAUAAUCUAUAGUAAUGGUGGUUGUAAAUAAUAUCAGUAGUUGGAGCAGUGGUAGCCUAUUGAUAGUAUAGUUGCUGGUUAGUAGGGAAUUGGUAGGCAAGACAUUGUUUAAUAAAGAUAUACCCUACCAAUGAAACUAGCAGUAGUAAUUGCUUAUGGGCUAUGUGGGUAUGACCUAGUAGUGGCAUGCAAACACAUGCUUCUAAUUGGAGAGGCAUGCAGUGCAUUAGCUACAGGCUACAGGCUAGAAGAUUUUUAAUGGAAGGAAGUCUUAAAAAACUAUAAAGUUGAUUAAAUUGUAUAGGCUACAUGAGGCAAAACUUCAUUGACUGUCCGAAAACAUUUUGAGAAAGAAAUCUUAAUAAAAAUGGCACAGACACAAACUGUGGCUAUUGGCAAGUUUUUAUUAAUUAAUGUAUUAACUUCUAUAGAAAUAAUACAUGAAUGCAAGAUCACAGAAUUGUCACAUAUGUCAUUAUCAAUAUCAUGAUGUUAUCAGAGGUAUUACAUAUGCCAUGCUUGUGUAGGACAUGGUUUUAUGCAUGGCAGAGCAAUUUGUAGUAUUUUUAUUCUUGGACCUAGCAGAUUGAAACCGUUCUCUCUUGUAGAUCCAAACCGAAAGCGUGGACGUCAGACCUACUCCCGGUACCAGACACUGGAGCUGGAGAAAGAAUUCCACUUCAACCGGUACCUGACCCGCCGGAGGCGCGUGGAGAUAGCACAAGCGCUCUGCCUGACCGAGCGCCAGAUCAAAAUCUGGUUCCAGAACCGGAGGAUGAAGUGGAAGAAAGAUCACAAGGACGAGUCCUCGAGCUCGACCCCCGGUGCCACGGGCGAGGACGUAAACGAGGACGAUGACAGUGAUCCGGUAACCGACGGACAGUCCAAGGCCGAGGACGCCGAGUACGGAGACUCCCCGUCCACCGGUGUGGCGUCAGAAACCCCUGCAAGAGGAGAUGGAGACAUAGAGGCUAUUAGAAACACUCCAUAAAUGUUUAUAUUUGUCAUUAAGGAAAUGUUCUAGAUGUAUGCUCUCACAGAAUCGAUACACUCUGUUCGAUCAUACUAUUUAGAGCUUAGUAGUCUGAUUGAGGAAACGACUUGCAGGGCUGAAAUUGAGACGCACUUAUUGAAUGAAUACAAGCUAGUGAAAACACUGGCUAUAGCUAUAAAAUGCACAUGGCUAUAGGAAGAUGAAAGGGAACGGAUACUACCUAUUUACUCUACAGUAUUACUAUGAAAACUCAAUUUGAUCUUUGAAUGUAGAACAAGUCUACUGUAAAUGUUAUACAAUAUUUAAUGUUAAUCGUUGGGAACUAUUAGAUAUUUUACUACUGAAAUAACAUUCCUGAACAGAGAACUACCUAAGGCGACAGUUGCAUUCACGCAACUUCAGAAUUUACCUCCAGUUUCAAUUGACUUCGAGGAACUUUUUUCGCACUCUUUUUGUCUCUAUUUCAAAGCGAAAUAAAUGCAGAUGUUGAAUCCACUGGUGAAUAUCAUUUACAUUUUAGUCAUUUAGCAGACGCUCUUAUCCGUCUUUUGGGGCCAAGUAGAGAUUGGAAUAGAUAUUCGCAUGAUUUCCAAACAGCAAUGUUUAACAAAAAAAAUGAAUAGCCAAAUGUGUAUACCCUACCUCAGAUUUUACGUCAGAGACUAGACCUAUAGCCUGCUACUGUCUCACUGAAUAUCAACACUGUGUAAGAAGUCUUUACAUACACUGUAUUGGUACGUCGUGUUGUUAUUGUAUUUUCAUCUUAAAUGUAGCUUUCAAUUAUUCUAACUAGCUAUAGCCUAUGGUCAAUGUAAUUGUUAUGGACGUGAGUGUGUCUGCUUGCAUGUAUCUGUAAGUUAGGGAAUUGGUGUGUUUGUUUUCUUUGAAUCUAGGCUAUACAAGAAAAGCGGUCCAAUGUUCAGAAAUAAGCAUUUGUUUUGCAAUUUGACCGGUGUAAAUAGACCAAUGCAUUCGACACUCACCGCUUUGACUCUGCCGUAUUCUUAUUGUGACAUUAUGUAAGAUGCAAUAGUAAUCGAAUAAAAACAAAACCAUUCAGUUUGGAAAAUAGCUUCGUAACGAAUUUCCUGUAAGCCAACCAUACAUUGAUGAAAUCUUUAGCCAAAAGGUUAUGUAAUACAACCUACAUGCCAAAAUAGAUGGUACUACUCUAAAUUACGCAUGAGUGAAAAUAUUUUAUCUUGCUUUUUCACUUUCAUCUAGUUAUACUAAUAUGUUUACAUUUAAGCCAUUUGUUUUUAUAUGACAAUAAAUACUGAGCCUACAAAUAUGCUAUUACGCUAUUACAUAAGAACACAGUGGCCUGUAUCUCACUUAGCCUACUAAGCAGGAUAAGUGAAAAAAGAGAUGAAACCAAUGCCACAUUUGCUUAAUAAGUAUGUUAACUGUGAGGACACGAGACUGGACAGGCUGUGUGUGUGUAGCCUUCUGUGAAGGGGAAAUGACUGCAUUCCCCCUCCUUUCGGUAAGAUGGCGCCUAGUUCUGACCUGCCCCCUCCUCUCCCUCUCCGUUUCUCCCUUCUCCGUUUCUUCCACUCUCUCCCCCUGUCGCUCUCUCACUCGGUCAUAAAUCCGUUGUUGUUUAUGAAAAUUUACAACAUAGCAAUACAACUUUACGAGGCUCCUCGGCUUCCCAUUGGUCGCCGCUGGUCACAUGGCAUGGAGCAGUGAACAUGAACUUUUUAUAUAUAAUUUCCUUUUCCAGAAUAGAACUGCACUGUGUCUGCCAACCAACCCUUUCUGUCCUGUAAAAGCUUUUGCUCUUCCAUUUCUUUUCGUCGUGUGUAACGCUGUUUUGCUUUUUAGAUGUUGUUUUUACUAUGCAGCGCAAAGAUCAGUGCCCUUCUCUUGGAACCGGACGGUUUGGAUUCAUUACCGACGUUCUCCGUGACGGUUUGGCACAAUGGACGGGUUGAGCGUGUCGUUGCCUGAUCCCGGGAGAUCUUGGAUUCGUCCAGGGACCCAGCUGGCAGGCCAGCAGCACUUGUCAGUCCUCUCCCUGUGACAUCACCACACGCCAUGAGACCCGAACACCUCACAUACAGUAAGAAUACUACUUGCUUAUCAUGAUUGGAUAUUAUUUGGUAAUCAAGCAUUAAAUAGAGUGAGCGUUCAAGUAAAAACAACUUGCUGUGCGUGUUUAGUUUUAAACAGUGAUGGCUUUCAGAAGAGUGGUUGGAAUGUUAUGUUGUAGGGUUAAACGGGUUUUGUCCAAUAAUUUGAAUUGACAAUAACGAUAUGAUCAUAAUUUGCAUGAUUAAGAUCAAUGCUAUGGUUCGUUGAUUGUGGUCUCUAGACUUGACCUAUCUAAAUCUGUUAUUCAAUAUUAAUGUAGGCCUAUGCCUUUUCAUUAUGAGGAUUUGAAUAAUUUAUUAGCGAUGCAUGCUAUUUGUGUUUAUUUGUUGCUAUUCAAAUUGAAUGGUCUUUCACCAGCUCCGAAUUGGAGCCAAUAGGCCUACUCAUUGUCGCCCUCUUGUGGGAGAAGUGUGGUCGUGUUUUGGUCACAGCGUUCUGUCCAUUUACUCUCAUUUACAGUCUAUGUGUUAAUUGUGCCAGCACAGAGCUUCCCUUUGUCUUUUUAUUCGUGCUUUUCGUUAAACCACAAAACAGGGGUGUACAUUGCUUUUUGUAUCAUGAUAGCACGGUUUCGGGAUAUGUAGCAGUUGUUUUGAUUUGAGGAAAUGAUAGAUUAGCUCAAUCAAGAGUAUUCUUGCUCCAGUCUUCCUCUCCUGCUUGCUAGCCCUAUGAUGUAACAUCAGCACCACAUCAUCGAAAGGACCUUCUUAUCAAUGACCCAUUCAUCUCGAUAUUGUUCAUGCUUAUAAUAUUUAGAAACAAUAUGGCUACAACAAUAUGCUAUUAAUGCUAUUUUGCUGGUAAUAUGCUAUUCUUUUUCAUAAGAGUUAUAAAUCCUCUAUAUUGGCACUGCAAAAGGCCCAAUACAGCAGUAAUGCUCAACGUUUUUUUAUUAAGCUGUACGAUAGGUGAGCUAAUACUACACGUAUUUUGUCUGUGUAAAUACAGCCUAGAAAUAGAAAAUGGUAAGGUGUAGGGCUAUGCAAAUAGCCUACAGAAUGGUCAAACAUCAAGACCUGAUGACGAGAUGACACCGCGGGAAAUAAAUACAAUCAUUAUGAGCACAUGCAGAAAGUAAAUACACUCUCCCUUAAAAUGGGGUUCUGAUUGUGACAACAGAUGGUGAAGUGUUCUUUACAUAAGAUUACUGGACAUCACAGAGAGCCAGAACGUCACAAUAGACACCAUUCAUAUAACAAUAGAUUAUCACCUCAAAAUGAUGUCGCAGAAUAGAACUUGCGAGACCAAAACGUCACAAUUGAUAUGGCAAUAUUAUUACCUCAAAAUAUGACACAAAUUAGAUCUCGAGAGACCGAAAUGUCACAAUAGGCAUCAAUACCAAACAAAAGGUACAACACAAUAGCCUAUUGUUGUGAUGCAUUUUAUUACUGUAUGCGUGCGUGUCCGUUGCUGCGUUUGUGUCAGUGUGCUUAGUUUUCUUCGAUGAGUUUGCGUCUUUUAGAAUUGAAUCCGUUAUGGUUCACCUAUUGAAUGUGUUUUACCUUAGUGGCUCCAAUUUAAUCUCCUCCUCGAUAUUUACAGUGGUAAUGAAACUAGUCGAGCAAACAUUUCAUAGAUUCAGAUUCAGUGUUUAAUAGUCACAUGUACAGGGUUGCAGGUGUGAUUGCAGGGUACAGUGAAAACCUUAGGUUCCGAGAUCCAAACAUUAGAAAAUAGCCUUGCAGCUGCUCCCCUGCACUAUACAAAAUCUAGGGUAUCUGAAAUGCUGCUUGAACAGUUUGGGCUGUUAAGCACGUAAUACAGCCUACGUAGCUAAUUACAUUUAUGAGAAAAUAAAACUGAAGCAUCUUGACAUUUUACUCACUCAUCAAGGUUUGGAGCUGCAUUUCAAAUUGUUAGCAUUUUACCAUCUGGAGAGCACUCGCCCCUCCCUCCUCUGUGCGCCACAAGCACGCACACAGAGUGCCUAAUCCUGAUGCUUUUUUAAUAUAUAUAUAUAUUUUUUUACAUCCUGACGCUUCUAGCAGAUGCAGACAUUUGAGUAGAACGCAACUAGUCCUGUCGUUUUUUCUAUACUUUUCCUGUUUCUCUCACUCUGCAAAUGUUUUUAUUUUUCACUUCCUGAUUUGCCCAAUUUCCACCGGUGGGAUAAUUUCUUGUGAACUUUGUUUCUAUUGGCCAUUGAUAAAUCAGAUGUUACCUCUUGGACUCCCUAACAACCUCUUUAAAACCACAAUCACAAACAUUCCUGGCCAUUCUAAAGCACAGAACCUAUCCUUGCUCCUUCCAACAUCCGGAGCAUGCUCGUAUGCGCUCUCUCAAACUAACCCUGAAAUGCAAGACCCGGGCUCCUUUAGACACCGCUGUACACAUCUGGUCAUGAGUGCAGCUUGUUCCUCGGCUACUGCGGUGCCUGAAGGGGCCCUAUUACCGCUGUGAGUCUGCAUCCUUCGUACAGCGUACUUAUCCAUCACGCUGUUAGUGCCAGCAGUGCCGACGCUCUUAGCUGGCUGUGUGGGGCGUCCUAUAGUCUUUUGUGGACUAUAGGACCAAGAGGUCCAAUGGAUUUCGGAUAACCAGGGCCUUCGUUGCCAAGACGAGACUACUGUAAACCAGCAGUCGCGUGCCCCAGUUUCUAGUAGCCUAAAUAGACGUUCCAGAUGAAGUGCACUAUUUUCUGCUCACUAGACAGGUCUCUUUUGUAAGGCUACAUGUUUUAAAAAGUUAUCGCUCUGCCUGUGCUGCCUGUACACUAACCCUGCUCCAGCUAUACGUCACAUUCUCAUCAGCUAUUAUUAUAAUCAUCACCACUGCUCCUAUUUUAGCUUAGGUCUAUAUACGGUUUAUCUCUAAAUUACACCAACAAACCAGCAACUCAACACCGAUAAACAGCAGCUUUAAUCAAAUAGUGGUAACUUAAUGUAGUCAUAUCUGUGUUAUUGUUAUUGCUUGUAUUGAUUGGGCCUACAUUAUUAUUACUUCUGCUAUUACCGAUAUUUGUCUUCAUAUCAUAUUUCGAACUUCAUUUUAGAUUGUCAUUACGUGGUGCCUUAUCUUUCUAUUUUGAAAACUUGACAAGACUUACUUAGGCAGAAUCCAGUCCUAUAGCCUACUGCUUUCGCUUCCUUACUCCGAGGACAUUAUUUAUGGAAGGAAAUGGGUGUGGGGAAGAUGCCGAGCAAGGCCAAGGGAAAUUAUUUCAUUGUCCCUUAGGCAAUGGUAUCCCAUGUAAAAAUCAACAAGACAAUUCCGUAUACAAAAAUAUAAUGUUUAUUGCCCCUAUAGUCAGACAUUCUUUUUUAAAUUUAUAUUCUAAAUUCCCUCUUCUCAUACUUUGAUUUACCUUAAUUGAGACGUUCAUUAUUUUGCUUCUUUUUUCAUGGAGAUUACAACAUGUUUUUAGAUUACAACAUGUUUUUAGAUUACAACAUGUGUUUAGAUUACAACAUGUUUUUAGAUUACAACAUGUGUUUAGAUUACAACAUGUGUUUAAAUUACGUGUUUAGAUUACAAUAUGUGUUUAGAUUACAACAUGUUUUUAGAUUAGAACAUGUGUUUAGAUUACAACAUGUGUUUAGAUUACAAUAUGUGUUUAGUUUAAAACACGUUUUUAGAUUACAACAUGUUUUUAGAUUACCACAUGUGUUUAGAUUACAACAUGUGUUUAGAUUACAAUAUGUGUUUAGUUUAAAACACGUUUUUAGAUUACAACAUGUUUUUAGAUUACAACAUGUUUUUAGAUUACCACAUGUGUUUAGAUUACAACAUGUGUUUAGAUUACAAUAUGUGUUUAGUUUACAACAUGUUUUUAGAUUACAUGUAUUUAGUUUACAACAUGUUUUUAGAUGACAACAUGUGUUUAAAUUACAUGUGUUUAGAUUACAACAUGUUUUUAGAUUACAACAUGUGUUUAGAUUACAACAUGUGUUUAGAUUACAAUAUGUGUUUAGUUUACAACAUGUUUUUAGAUUACAACACGUGUUUAGAUUACAGCAUGUUUUUAGAUUACAUGUAUUUAGAUUACAACAUGUUUUUAGAUGACAACAUGUGUUUAAAUUACAUGUGUUUAGAUUACAACAUGUUUUUAGAUUACAACAUGUGUUUAGAUUACAACAUGUUUAGAUUACUUUCAAACGAACCUAUCCUUUUCCUGUUCUAAAAAUUGACUUUAGUUAUCCAUAUUUGAAAAAAAAAACUAAAACUAAAAAUGUAUAUUAUUGUAAUGCACCCAUCCAUGUUUGCUUGAGAUUAGGCUAUUCAUUACACACAGCUGCAAGAUUUUAUGCUUGAACCAAUUUAGCCUAAUUAUCUAAUUUACAUAAUUCAGUCAUAAUUUUCAAUUGAGGAGUAAAGGGUUGUCUAUUGAGACUAUUGUAUUGUAGCCUACUUUCUGUCGUCAUCUAAAAAACAAAACAUAAGUUAUUUCAAAUGCCUCCUUUUUUUUAGCGUAUCUAACAUUUCGGAAUGACUGCCUUUCUAUUAGAUUGGAUUAUAACUGCAGGUUGAUCACUCUAUGCACAUCAGUAAACUAAGCUUCCCCUGUAAAAUGAUUAUUAAUGGAACACAUAUUUGCAAUAUCUUUCAAAUGUCCUAAAAGGUCAUUCAUACAAUUCAAGGAUAUUCUAACAUAGUUUAGCGAAAUAUUUAACUACAUUUAAGGUUCUAGACAAUUGUUUUAUAUAUUUUUUUAUUAUACUUGUUUUUUCUUGUACUGUAUGUGUUUUAUUCCCAACGAGAAGGAUAAUGUUUACCAUCGAUGAGGAUACCAUUGAAUACCGAUUUCUCUCUGUACUCUGUAUCAGUGGAGAGGAUGCAUGUUCAGUGCGUUUCUUGUUGUAUUGUUUGGGGAGACCAUGCUUUUGCCGCAAUGGUCGUUAACCUCUGAACGACCCCGUUCGGAACCCACGCAUCAAACACCGUCGCAGGCAGUGCCAGACUGCGGCCAGAGGAUGGCGCGCGAAGACAAUCCAAGAGAUGCAACCCGGGCCCCGCGAGCGGCCUGCCUAGGCGCCUCCCAGGCGCGCGCCCCUAACAUCCCACCAAGAUUUCCUAUUUGUGCACGAGUUUACCUCUGGGGGUCAUCAAGCAGGAUUUACGACUGGUCAACAAAAGCACGUGAUUCUCAGCCGUACCCCAUAUUUGGGUGCCUACGUAAGAGUGAAUCAAGUACAUGCUCUACUCAUUUCCAUAAUUCAUCAUAAAUUGUGCAAGGGUGCUAUAGAACGCGCAAAACCAUCAAGAGCCACAAAUCAAGUACACACGUUAUUACUUUCUCCACAAAAAAACAACAAAUACCUGCUAAACAACAAUAUUGGAAUUAUCAACCAAUGAGCUCCUAUUUUGUAAACUCAUUCUGCGGUCGCUAUCCCAAUGGCGCGGACUUCCAGUUACAUAAUUAUGGAGACCACAGCUCCGCAAACGAGCAAUACAGGGACUCCACGACCAUGCAUUCCAGCAGGUACGGUUAUGGCUACAACGGGAUGGACCUCACUGUCAAUCGCGGUAACGGGCACUUUAUGGCCAGCGUGAGGGCACAGGGCUACUCCCCGAACCAGUCGGUGGCGGCAACAACGUCCUCUGUCGAGACGCCCAGGUACACCCAGCCCGCGAGCGCCACCGAGACGGCGUCCCUCUCGCCUCCACCUGACCCGCUCCCAUGCUCCUCCUCUGUCGCGAGCUGCUCGUCUCCGAUCAGCGAGUCUCAACCUCAACACCGAGCCAUAAAGAACUCCAUAACGAGCCCCUGCACGGCCCCGAGCUCGAAUGGAGGCACGCUGUUGAACCGGGUGUGUGUGUCCAAAGCGUCCCCCCUCCAGGAAGAGAAGCCCGCGGGAAGCGCGCAGACAACUUCACAAAAUGUCACCGACGGUGCCCAGCCUCAUAUUUACCCCUGGAUGAGGAAACUGCACAUAAAUCAUGGUAAAACAGCAUUGUAUUUUGUUUAGGUCGACGUAUAUGUUUGUGUUUUGUACUUGAGACAGCUCGUCUUGUCUGUGUGUGGGUUUGUGGUGUGUGUGGGGAUGGUGUGCCCUAUAGCCAUUUUAAGAGGUGCUUGUUGCCAUUUUCGGAGCUAAAAACUAUUUCCCCAAAUCAUUCUAUGAAAGAAAAAUAAUCUGUAUUCGAUAUUUUAGUAAUGUUAGUUUUAAGGGGUGUGUGUAAUGGCGAGAUUUACGACACCUGUUUAAGUGCAUAUUGUACCCCAAGCGUUGGGGAAAUAAUUCAACGUGGCAUGAAAACACAGGACAUUGUCUUUUUACCAAAAUGCAGGAGGUGAACAUUUGAUUUAAAUAUAGGAUUAUACAUUUUCCUUUGCCAUAAUUUCGGAUUUUUCUAGAUUUGUAUGGUAUUUUUAUAAGACACAUUUGGAAAUUGAUUGGCACUUCCACUGCAUUUUAAAGUGUGUGUGAAAGGUGUGUGAACGUUGUGUGAAUAGUGUAUAAAGGUGUGUUUAAAGAUUAAGCUCCAUGGAAGAGUGACCAGUAAAAUUUCUAAGCGUUGUUGCCAAGUAACCCUGCAUAAAGCGUUAGUAAACAUUAUUGUGUAGGUUUCUAUUUUGAUUGUGGGCUCAUGGUUGCAUCCUGUGUGUGUUACCACCAGACAGUUUGACCGGACCAGAAGGGAAGAGGGCGAGGACAGCCUACACGCGUUACCAGACACUGGAGCUCGAGAAAGAGUUCCAUUUCAACCGGUAUCUGACCCGCAGACGGAGGAUCGAGAUAGCGCACGCGCUCUGCCUAUCAGAACGCCAGAUCAAAAUCUGGUUCCAGAACCGGAGAAUGAAGUGGAAAAAGGACAACAAACUAAAAAGCAUGAGCAUGGCAGCGGCAGGGGGUGUAGGGUACCACCAUCCCUGA